CAACUUGUGGAAAGUUCCUUGUACUCUUUGGCUUUGAGUGGGUUAAAGCUGGGUUACGUCUGGCCUUCGCGGAGAUCACUAGGGUUCAUGGUUCUGGAUUGUCUUCCUAGCCGGAGACUUCCUGUUUUAUCAGUGCAAGUACAGGGCCGCGGCCCCCUCCACAAAGCCAGAUGCCUGCAGCUGCGCUGUCCCUGGCCCCUUCCCUUCCCUCCACUGUCUUUCUGCACCUUCCCGUGGAGCUAGGCGCUUGUAGCUUCCCCGUCCCUAGUUGACCUGCACGAGGGGUCCGGUCGUGCUCAGCUUCCUAUUCUGCAGGCCCUGGGAGCUGCUGCGUGCUGGAUGUAGGGUGUCGGGCAGCGCUGGCCGAGGCUUCGACACUAACCUGUUCUUCAUCAGCUCGGCUUUUUCCCCUUCAGUGCCCGAGGUCCCGGAGGCUAUGGCCGCGGCUACCAUCGUGCACGACACGUCUGAGGCCGUGGAGCUCUGCCCCGCGUACGGCUUGUACCUGAAGCCCAUCACCAAGAUGACCAUCAGCGUGGCGCUCCCGCAGCUGAAGCAGCCGGGAAAGUCCAUCUCCAACUGGGAGGUGAUGGAGAGGCUGAAGGGCAUGGUGCACAACCACCAGUUCUCCACGCUGCGUAUCUCCAAGAGUACCAUGGACUUCAUCCGCUUCGAGGGGGAGGUGGAGAACAAGAGCCUGGUCAAGUCCUUCCUGGCCUGCCUGGACGGCAAGACCAUCAAGCUCAGCGGCUUCUCCGACAUCCUGAAGGUGCGCGCGGCCGAGUUCAAGAUCGACUUCCCCACCCGGCACGACUGGGACUCCUUCUUCCGCGACGCCAAGGACAUGAACGAGACCCUGCCGGGGGAGCGGCCGGACACCAUCCACCUGGAGGGGCUGCCCUGCAAGUGGUUCGCCCUGAAGGAGUCGGGCUCCGAGAAGCCCAGCGAGGACGUCCUGGUCAAGGUGUUUGAGAAGUUCGGGGCGAUCCGGAACGUCGACAUCCCCAUGCUGGACCCCUACCGGGAGGAGAUGACCGGCCGCAACUUCCACACCUUCAGUUUCGGGGGGCACUUGAACUUCGAGGCCUACGUGCAGUACCGCGAGUACGCGGGCUUCAUCCAGGCCAUGAGCGCCCUGCGCGGGAUGAAACUCAUGUACAAGGGCGAGGACGGCAAGGCCGUGGCCUGCAACAUCAAGGUUUCUUUUGAUUCGACCAAACACCUGAGUGAUGCGUCAAUUAAGAAGCGGCAGCUGGAGAGGCAGAAGCUUCAGGAACUGGAGCAGCAAAGAGAAGAACAAAAGCGCAGAGAGAAGGAAGCAGAGGAGAGGCAGCGAGCGGAAGAAAGGAGGGAACCAGCAACUUGCUGUGUGCAUCCCGUGAGGCGGAUUCCUCGUUGUCCUUCUCCAUCCCUCCUGCUGUGCCCUCUUAGUGAGGCGGAUUCCUCCUCCUCCUCCUCCAUCGCCUUCUCCUCCAUCGCCCCACCAGGCUGUGCCCUCCGAGGACUUCAGUGCGUCCAGCACGUCUGGAAACAGAAGGAGCUGGAAGAGCUGGAGCGAGAGAGGAAAAGAGAAGAGAAGCUUCGCAAGAGGGAGCAGAAGCAGAGGGACCGCGAGCUGCGCCGGAAUCAGAAGAAGCUGGAGAAGCUGCAGGCAGAGGAGCAGAAGCAGCUGCAGGAGAAGAUCAAGCUGGAGGAGCGCAAGCUGCUGCUGGCCCAGAGGAACCUGCAGUCCAUCCGGCUCAUCGCCGAGCUGCUCAGCAGAGCCAAGGCCGUGAAGCUGCAGGAGCAGGAGCAGAAGGAGGAGAAGCUGCGGCUCCAGCAGCAGGAGGAGCGGCGGCGGCUGCAGGAGGCCGAGCUGCGGCGCGUGGAGGAGGAGAAGGAGCGCGCGCUCGGCCUGCAGCGCAAAGAGCGGGAGCUGCGCGAGCGGCUGCUGAGCAUCCUGCUGAGCAAGAAGCCGGACGACGCCCACGCACACGACGAGCUGGGCGUGGCGCACGCCGACCUGCUGCAGCCCGUCCUGGACAUCCUGCAGACCGUGUCGUCCGGCUGCGCAGCCGCGCUGCACCCCCUCGGCGGCCAGCUCCCGGCCAGUGCCCCCAAGGAGACCCCGGCCCACCCGGAGGCCGACGGCGCGCCCAGAAGCCUGAACGGCAGCGUGGCCGGGGAGGCCCAGUGCAGGGAGGGUCAGAGCUCCUGCCGCGUGGCCCCCGAGGAUGGCUCUCCGGAGAAGAGGUGCCCCGGCGGGGUCCUGUCCUGCAUUCCCGACAACAACCAGCAGCCCAAGGGCCUCCCUGCCUGCGAGCAGAACGUCUCCAAAAAGGACACCCGGUCGGAACAGGACAAGUGCAACCGGGAGCCCAGCAAGGGCCGGGGCCGGGCCGGCGGAGACGGGCUGGACCAGCGGCACAAGCGGGAGAGGAGCCGGGCCAGGCGCGCGGGCAGCCGCGAGGACGGGCGGCCGCGCAAGGAGCGGCGGCCCCACAAGAAGCGCGCCUACAAGGAUGACAGCCCCCGCCGGCGCAGCGCCAGCCCGGACCACGCCCGGUCCCGGAGGUCCCACAGCAAGGACAGGCGCCGGAGGGAGCGCAGCCGGGAGCGCAGGGGCAGCGCCAGCAGGAAGCACAGCCGCCACCGUCGCCGAAGCGAGCGCUCGCGCUCCCGGUCCCCGAGCAAGCACCGCAGCACCUGGAACAGGUAAUGACGGGCGCGGCCUCCCCGUGGCCUGUCCGGGAGAGACCACGACCUGCUCCAGCGUCCUGGCUGCUCCUCGGCCGCUCUCCGUCCACCCCCUGCAAAGCGAAGACCCUCCUGCAGCCGGGAACGUCCAAGGAGCCCGCUGGCAACGAAGGAAGACACCAUGCUUUAGAGAUGCAUCUCUCUCCACUUACCGCAGCCUACUGCGCACUUCACUUUCCAACAGGUAGUCCUUUCAAACUUGAUCCGAUAGCUUUAAUACGGCCAGUCCUCCCUCUAUCAGGAAAAUGGCACGGACGGACAGUUGUGAGAAUGGCACAGCGGCUGCAUUCCUCCCCACGCGGGCAUUUCUGUGUCUGCUUGGCGACCUCCCCACGUGCACGGCCUAGGAGGUGCACCUGACGCGGCAGGGGAGACUCCUCAAAGGUGGGGACCACCGGAGUCACACGGGCACUAGAAAGAAAAUAAACCAUUGCCCUGGUGAUUUCUCCGUCGUCCCCCCCUUCCCCCCCCAGUUUGUAAUUUUAACGGAUCGGGAAAUGCAGGUUGGGUGGGAUAUGCCGAAACGUGAUGCUGACAUGGAGUCACGCAUGAGGAAGGUACAAGUCCUCUGAGAUCAAAACUCAAACGGGCCAUUCUUUUUAAGGUGUCCGUGCGCGGGGAGUGGUAGCCAAUGGUCUGAUGCUCCUUAACUUCCAAAACAUUCACUUUUUACAACUUCCAGGAAUUACGCAUAAAAAAGGUUGGUUUCUAGUAAAGGUUAGUGCGUGUGGUUUUUUUAAGAAGCUGUUUUGCUAAAUUAUUUUUACUUGGAAUGUUUCAAACAGAUUUCAGGCUGCAAAAACUUGUUAAGUUUUAUAAUCAUUCGCUUCUCCAAGUGAAGCUCAGAAGUACUUAAAAAUAGCUGUAACGUUCGCGUUAGGAAAGAUGGUGUUUAUUCCAGUUGGCAUUUUUAUGGUGAAAUAAAAUCCUUUUCCAAUGAACUGAAA